ACAUCCAUCUCCUUAAAGUUUUAGCAUGUACGUUUAUAAGAGAGACGGUCAUAAGGAGCCAGUUCGCUUCGAUAAGAUCACUGCCAGAGUGCAAAGACUCUGUUAUGGUCUUGAUACCGAUCAUGUUGAUGCCGUUGCCAUCACCCAAAGAGUCAUCUCUGGUGUCUACCAGGGGGUAAAUACCAUUGAAUUGGACAAUUUGGCUGCUGAAACCGCCGCCUACAUGACCACCAUCCACCCGGAUUACGCCAUCUUGGCUGCCAGAAUCGCUGUGUCCAAUCUUCACAAGCAAACCACCAAGCAAUUUUCUCAAGUUUCUAGAGAAUUGUACGAAUAUAUCAACCCAAAAACUAAUAGACACGCUCCAAUGAUCUCCAAGGAAGUGUUUGAUAUCAUUCAAAAGAAUGCCGAUGAGUUGAACUCUGCCAUUGUCUUUGAUCGUGAUUUCAACUACAAUUACUUUGGUUUCAAGACUUUGGAACGGUCUUAUUUACUCAGAAUCAAUGGUAAGGUUGCUGAAAGACCUCAACAUUUGAUCAUGAGAGUCGCCGUGGGUAUUCAUGGUGAUGAUAUCGAAAGAGUCAUUGAAACUUACAAUAUGAUGUCUCAACGUUAUUUCACUCAUGGAUCUCCAACCUUGUUUAAUGCUGGUACCCCUAACCCACAAAUGUCUUCUUGUUUCCUUGUAGCCAUGAAGGAUGAUUCCAUUGAUGGGAUUUAUGACACUUUGAAGACUUGUGCUCUUAUUUCCAAGAGUGCUGGUGGUAUUGGUCUUCAUAUCCAUAACAUUCGUUCCACUGGUGCCUACAUUGCCGGUACCAAUGGUACUUCCAACGGGAUCAUCCCAAUGGUGAGAGUUUUCAACAACACCGCCAGAUACGUUGAUCAAGGUGGUAACAAGAGACCAGGUGCAUUUGCCUUGUACUUGGAACCUUGGCACGCGGAUAUCUUUGACUUUAUUGACAUUCGUAAGAACCAUGGUAAGGAAGAAAUUAGAGCUAGAGAUUUGUUCCCAGCCUUAUGGAUUCCAGAUUUAUUCAUGAAGAGAGUUGAACAAAACGGUGAUUGGUCAUUGUUUUCUCCUAAUGAAGUCUUGGGCUUGCCAGAAGUAUAUGGGGAUGAAUUUGAAGCCUUGUAUGAGAAAUAUGAAAGAGAAGGUAAGGCUGUUUCCACCGUUAAGGCUCAGAAAUUAUGGUAUGCCAUUUUGGAAGCACAAACUGAAACUGGUACUCCAUUCAUGUUGUAUAAGGAUGCAUGUAACAAGAAAUCUAACCAACAAAACUUGGGUACCAUCAAGUCUUCCAACUUGUGUUGUGAAAUCGUUGAAUAUUCUUCUCCAGAUGAAGUUGCUGUUUGUAACUUGGCUUCUAUUGCCUUGCCAUCCUUUGUUGAAAAGGAUGGUGAAACUUCAUGGUAUAACUUUGAAAGACUUCAUGAAGUUUCCAAGAUUGUUACCCGUAACUUGAAUAGAAUCAUCGACCGUAACUACUAUCCAGUUCCUGAAGCUGAACGUUCCAACAAGAGAAAUAGACCUAUUGCCUUGGGUGUUCAAGGUCUUGCAGACACUUUUAUGGCGUUGAGAAUUCCAUUUGAUUCUCAAGAAGCUAAGGAAUUGAACAUUCAACUUUUCGAAACCAUGUAUCAUGGUGCUGUUGAAUCUUCUAUUGAAUUGGCUCAAAAGGAAGGUGCUUAUGAAUCUUAUGAAGGAUCCCCUGCCUCCAAGGGAUUGUUACAAUUUGACUUGUGGGACAGAAAGCCAACCGAAUUAUGGGAUUGGGAUUCCUUGAAGCAAAAGUUGGCCAAGCAUGGUUUAAGAAACUCCUUGCUUGUUGCUCCAAUGCCAACUGCUUCCACCUCUCAAAUCUUGGGUAACAAUGAAUGUUUCGAACCAUACACAUCCAACAUCUAUUCUAGAAGAGUGCUUGCUGGUGAAUUCCAAAUCGUCAACCCAUACUUGUUGCGUGACUUGGUUGACUUGGGUAUUUGGAACGACAACAUGAAGAACAAUAUCAUUGCCAACAACGGGUCAGUACAAAACUUGCCAAACAUCCCAGAUGAAAUCAAAGCAUUAUACAAGACCGUAUGGGAAAUCUCACAGAAACACAUCAUUGAUAUGGCUGCUGAUAGAGCUGCCUUUAUCGAUCAAUCUCAAUCUUUAAAUAUCCACAUCAAAGACCCAACCAUGGGUAAGUUGACCUCGAUGCAUUUCUACGGGUGGAAGAAGGGUUUGAAGACCGGUAUGUACUACUUGAGAACACAAGCUGCCGCUGCUGCCAUCCAAUUCACAGUUGAUCAAAACUCGGUCAAUGAAGCUGGUAACACCAUUGCCACUUUGGGUAAGUUGAAGAAUAGAAAGUACGUUGCCAGAUCAAGUACUACUAGUGACAAUGACUCUGUUAGAUCGCAAUCUACAGAACCAACCUCCAUUGAAAACUCUGUUGCUGAAUUGAAGAUCAGCGAAGAUAAAGAAGUGGAAGCUCAGGCUGGAGAAGCACCAGAUGCUUCUGACGCCACUACUAAGGAAGGAGAAACCGAGGAAGAUGGGGACAUUUUCAGUUCCAAGGUGAUUGCUUGUGCAAUCGAUAACCCAGAAUCUUGUACCAUGUGUUCUGGUUAGGUAACAGUUUUGUAUAUUAAUAAAGGUAAUUAAGAGAGAGAUAUAAAUGUAGUACUCGUUG